GUACAGUGGGGCUAUCGAAGCGGAGAAACGCGGAUAAACUUUUAAACCUUUCUUUAUUUAAUAGCGGUUCCGAUACCUGUUGUUCUCCGGCAAUCGAUACACAGCUGUUUCGAUAGGCCGUGGUCAGCUGUUUGGGUUGAAAAUAAACCAACGUUGCCAGAUCAAAAUAAAAAUGUUGCGUGUUUUGCCAAACUCCUGGAAAUUAUCCAAAUAUGCAACAGGUUGGACGCCACAGGUGUUCCGCUUCGCCAGCAGCGGAGCCAAUGACCUGGUCCUGGUCAAGCAGGAGCAUGGAGUGCGGGAGAUAACACUGAAUCACCCGAAAACCCUGAAUUCCCUAUCGCUGGAGAUGAUGUCUGCCCUUCAGGAUGCUCUAAUCAAAGAUAAGGACAACGUGGACCUGAGAUGUGUGGUCCUUGGGGCCCAGGGAAAGAUCUGGUCAGCGGGUCACAACCUUAAGGAGCUGCACAACGAUCCCAAAAUUCAGUCCCAGGUUUUCCAGAAGCUAACCGACGUUAUAAACGACAUACAGAAGCUACCGGUGCCUGUGAUAGGAAAGGUCAAUGGUUAUGCGGCUGCUGCGGGCUGUCAACUGGUGGUAUCUUGUGAUAUGGUGGUCUGCUCCAAGAACAGCAAGUUCUCCACACCGGGCGCUGGCGUUGGAGUGUUCUGUUCUACUCCUGGUGUCGCGGUUGCUCGCAUCAUGUCGCGACCCAAAUCCGCCUACAUGCUAAUGACUGGUCUUCCGGUGACCGCCGAAGAAGCCUUCAUAUCAGGAAUGGUCACCAAAGCUGUGCCAGCCGAGGAUCUGGAUAAGGAGAUCGAGGAAAUCACCAAUGCCAUCAAGGCCAAGAGCCGGGCCGUCAUCUCGCUGGGCAAGGAGUUCUACUACAAGCAACUGGCCAUGUCCCAGGCGGAAGCCUUUGCUGCUGCCCAGGAGAAGAUGUGCGAGAACUUCCAGCUGGGCGACACCAAAGAGGGCAUCGCUAGCUUCUUCGAGAAGCGGCCACCCAGCUGGAAGCACCAGUAAACGGAGGUUACAACUGAAACUAUGAAAUACUACUGGCCAAUUGUGCAUUUAUACUUUUAAGACACAAGAAUUGUUUUUAAAAAUAAUUGUUUAUAUGUCAUCGAAACUGGUCUAAAUUUUUGUUUCCAC